AUGAUUUAAGCUGCUGGAGCCCAGUGCUGAGUCACGCUGGGCUGUGGAGUAGGGGCUGUGGGGUGUCUUGCCUGGUGGGACUGGUGUCUGCAGCAUGAAGCAAGGACUGGUGGUCACUCAGCUGGAUGUCCAGCCUGGAGAGUGCAUCAAGGUCAAAGGGAAGAUCCUGUCAGAUGCCAAAGGGUUUGUUGUGAACGUAGGGAAGGACAGCGGCACCCUCAUGCUGCAUUUCAACCCCCGCUUUGACUGCCACGGGGAUGUCAACACUGUUGUGUGCAAUUCCAAGGAGGAUGGCACGUGGGGUGAGGAGGACAGAAAGGCUGACUUCCCCUUCCAGCGUGGUGACAAGAUCGAGAUGUGCAUCUCCUUUGAUGCAGCUGAGGCUACAGUGAAGCUGGCUGAGACAGAGUUCCAGUUCCCCAAUCGGCUGGGCAUGGAGAAAAUUGAAUACCUGGCUGUGGAGGGUGACUUCCAAGUCAAAGCCAUCAAGUUUAGUUAAGUGCUGUGGCUUGUUCUGUGUUCUUCUUGCCACCUCCUGCACAAUGAAAUAAACCCAAACUUGCCAUGGCUGCU